AAGCUGUUGCGAACUACUAGGCCUGGUUUCAAGUUUAUUGAUGAAUGGAUCAUCAUGCACAUGGGCAAAAUGCUCGUGCUUGUGCUCGCUGCUGUUCGGUAACCCAACAAAUUGACGAUGCUCAAGAUCGUAAUCCAUGCGAGGCGGAUACGACAUGUAUAGGCGGCAAAUACGCGCCCGGAGACGGUUCUCAAGCCCAUUCUGCUGGUCUUAGGCUAGAUGGUCUCAGCGAAAUGAUUGACUGUCUCGAGAUAUAAGAUAUUGCCCUGUUACCACCACCUGCAGGCAACAGCUUUUUCGACCCCAACUCUUCGUGCCCUGUCUCACUGCGCAGUUUGGCGCAUCUGCUCGAUCCUCUAUUUGCCUUUCUUCUCAUCGUCCUCGAUUCACUCACCACGAUGGCGGCCUUCACUGACAGCGUCGAACAUGCUGUCGCUAAUAUUGCCAGCUUGGUAGCCCGUGCCAGUGCUACGGGCUUGCCUGGAGGCAAGACUCUCCAAGAAUACCAGACUGAAGGCAGAUACAACUACCCCCCUUCGUUCGCGGCUGCGAUCAUCUUCGUCGUGCUCUUUGGCAUAGCCACAGCGGUCAACCUCUUCCAAUUCUUCCGACAUCGAGCAUGGUUCUGGUGGGUCAUGAAUUUUGCUGUCAUCAUGGAAUUGGUCGGGUACAUUUCCCGAGCGGUGUCCAUCAAGAACCUUGACAGCAGAAACAUCUUCAUCGUACAGACCGUCAUGAUCCUCGUUGCCCCAGCGGUCAUGGCGGCCGCCUGCUACAUGUCUUUUGGUCGCGUCACGAUUUGGGUUGUUCCGAAAGAGUUCCAGACCGUCAGGCAUCUUUGGGUGCCCCCCAGACGAGUCACACCUGUUUUUGUGGGCUUCGACAUCCUCAGCUUCUUUGUCCAAGUUAUUGGAGGAUCCAUGGUUGCGGCAGCAAACUCCAAAGACAAAGCCAAUAGGGGCAAAAACAUAGUGCUGGUGGGACUGGCACUGCAGUUGGCGACAUUUGGGUUCUUCGUCUUUGCAAGCAUUCGACUCAACAUUCUGCUGAGAAAACAACUCCGAGAUGUCCCUCUGCCGAAAGAACGGAACUGGCAGCUCUUCCUGAACGUGGUCAACGUGGCCAACCUGUUGAUUCUUGUUCGAACAUUGUUGCGCUUCAUCGAGUACGCGAUGGGAACGUACAACUACCUUACCAACCAUGAGUGGUUCUUCUACUGCUUCGAUUCAGCGUUGAUGUUCCUGGUGGCUGCAAUCUUCCUUGUCUUCCAUCCAGGAUAUUACCUGCCCUACCUUGGGAUCCGACGCAAGGAGCAAAAGUUCUCCAAGAAUGCCGACAAGGGACCUUUCAGCACUCUGGCAAAAGGGAAAUCAAUGCAAGAGGCGGUUUAAGUCGAUCCUGAAGACCGUUAUCAAUAUUGAUACGAACCAUCCAGGGCGCAAAACGCCAUCUGCAUUCUGUGGUUGUGCGCAUGACGAUUAUCUUAUUUGCAAGUCCUUGUUUGAGCGGUGCUAGGGCAUGCUGGUACGCUUCGCCGGCCGACCUUGGCUUUGAAUUGGGUUGAAUCAAUAAUUUAUCCAGCUUUGUAUUAGUCUUGAGCAGAGUAUUACAUACAUAGUAGUAUGUACUGCGGCAAGCACGGCACGUGGCUGUGGAGCUUGAAUGGCAGAACUCCGAGAAGUGUGGUGUAUCACUGAUAAUAAUAUGGUGCCUAGUCAGAUAUAGCUCUAGCAUUCCGUGGUUCGAACAACUAGAUUGGUGGAAUUGCG